AUGGAUAACGAUUCAAAAGCUAUUCUAAAUGGAAUUAAUCUACGACUGAAUGAUAUUGACUUGAAAUUAUCUUUUGUAUUGGAGUUGUUAACAAAUCGUUUAUCUGACAAACCAUCGCAAGCUGAGCUCCCGUCAUUACACUUUCCAUCGCUCAAAUCCUGCGAAAUCGUGAAUGAUAGAAAAAAUAUUAAUUUGGAUGAGCAGCGACAAUCAUCGGAAAUUAUUAAACAUAAAGUAACUGAUAGGUUAUCUGAUGCUGUUACUACUUGUACUACUUUUCGAUCAGAUGAAAAUAACAAGCAUAAAAGGCUACUCGUACAUGAUGAUAGGAUGGUUCCGGAGACGUCUUCUGGACUACAAGACGUAACGACAAAAAUAGCAAGCACUGAUGAUUCCUUAGCUAUAAAUGAUAGUGAAGGUGACGAAGAACUAGUCGAUGAUUUCGAUGACGAACUUGACGAGGAUGUUGCAACAACAAUGGCUGCUGCUACAACAACUACAACAACGGUUACUGCAACAACGACGUGUGUAACAAAUCAUGACGUGAAAAUAUUGCAUACUGAGAGUAAUUUUCCCGAAGGUGCAGUUCGACGAGCGGCCGAGAAAGCAGCAAGAAGUUUUCAAAGCACACAACCUAAGGUUUUUGCAUGGCAAAUACUACGAGAAUCUGUUACUGAUCAAGAACUUCGUAAUGUGCACAUAUCUUUGAGAACAUUUCAUGGCGAAACUGCUCAACAUCUCUUAUCACGCCAGUUACCGAAGAUACGAUUGGUAGUAGAAGCAACAAUGUCUUAUUUUAAAUGGGAUCAACUAAGCGAUGAAAAUCAACUAACCAAAGCCAAAUUAUUAUUAAGUCAUUUGAAAAAUAAUGCAAAAGUUCGAAAUUGGACACUUCGAGAAGGACGUCCUAAUCGGUUAUCAAAUACCGUUGAUACAAUGUGGAAGCAUUACGCAGCUUUACUUGGACCAACAGGUCUUGCGACAGUUGGCCUCUUACCAAAUCAUAUAAAUCAGCUCAAUGGAUAA